AUGGUUGAGCCAACACCAAUUCAACGACAAGCAAUACCUAUUGGUUUACAAAAUCGUGAUAUCAUAGGUGUUGCAGAAACAGGUUCAGGAAAAACUGCAGCAUUUUUAAUUCCUUUAUUGUGUUGGAUAACAACAGUUCCAAAAAAACAAGCAGCACCAAUUAUUUCAUUAGAUGAAGGUACUGAAUAUGAACAAGGGCCAUAUGCAAUUAUUCUUGCUCCAACAAGAGAAUUGGCACAACAAAUUGAAAUUGAAACACAUAAAUUUGGUGACCGUUUGGGUAUUAGAACAGUCUCAGUUAUUGGUGGAGCAUCUCGAGAAGAUCAAGGAAUUCGGAUGAGAAUGGGUGUUGAUAUUGUUAUUGCAACACCUGGUCGACUUGUUGACGUUCUUGAAAACAGGUAUAUGUCAUUAAAUUUAUGCUCUUAUGUAAUUAUGGACGAGGCAGAUAAAAUGCUUGAUAUGGGAUUUGAACCUGAUGUUACUCGAAUUUUGGAAUUUAUUCCUGUAACAAAUUUGAAACCUGACACGGAAGAAGCUGAAGAUGAAAAUAAAUUGCUGGAAAAUUAUACUUCAAAAAAGAAAUAUAGACAGACAGUUAUGUUUACGGCAACAAUGUCAUCAGCAGUUGAACGUGUUGCCCGUCAAUAUUUACGUCGUCCAGCAAUUGUAUAUAUCGGUUCUGCAGGUCGUCCAACAGAACGUGUUGAACAAAUUGUAAUAAUGAUGUCUGAAGAAAUGAAACGUAAAAAAAUUGUUGAACUACUUUUUGAACCAAAUUUGUAUAUUCCACCAAUUAUCAUCUUUGUUAAUCAAAAAAGAGGUGCUGACUUGCUAGGAAAAGGUUUACAAAAAAUUGGUUUUAAUCCGUGCAUUCUACACGGUGGGAAAGGACAAGAAGCUAGAGAAUAUGCUUUGGAUGCUUUAAAAACUGGAGCAAAAGAUAUUUUGGUAGCUACAGAUGUUGCUGGAAGAGGAAUUGAUGUUAAAGAUGUUUCGUUGGUUAUAAAUUAUGAUAUGACUAAAUCCAUUGAAGAUUAUACACAUAGAAUUGGAAGAACAGGACGUGCUGGCAAAAAAGGCAAAGCAAUAACAUUUUUAACACCUGAAGACAAAGAUUUAUUUUAUGAUUUGAAGCAAUGUUUAUUAGAAAGUCCAAUAUCAAGUUGUCCAAUUGAAUUAGCAAAUCAUCCAGAUGCACAGAAUAAACCUGGAACUAUCGUGCAAAAAAGAAGACAAGAUGAGACUUUGUAUAGAUAA